AUGAAGCUGGGCGGCAAGGCUUCGGUGCUGCCGCUGCUGAUCGUGGCGUACAGCCUCGUGGCCAGCACCCUCCUGGUCAUGAACAAGGUCGCGCUGUCCUCGUUCCCGCACCCCUCGACGCUGCUGUUCCUGCAGCUGGCGAUCGCGGCGGCCGGAGUGAAGCUCGGCGACCUGCUGGGCCUGGUCGAGGCAGACCCGCUCACGGCCGACAAGGCCUGGGCGUCCAGCGCGGUGGUGUUGGCGUUCUACGGCGUCGUGAUAUCGAACUUCAAGGCGCUGAGCUACGUGAAUGUAGACACUGUCAUCGUCGUGCGCACCUGCAUGCCCUUCGUGGUCGCCGUCGGGGAGUUCGCGUUCAUGAACCGCAACCUCCCGUCGGUCCGCACCUGGAUCUCCAUGGCCCUCGUCUGCGGCACGACGUCGUGGGUCAUGCUGCGCGACACCCAGGUGCCCACGCUCGGCCUCGUGUGGCUCUCGAUCUGGUUCGGGACCGCCGUCUUCGACAUGCUCUACCUCAAGCACUUCACCACGGCCGUCAAGCUCUCCACCUUCGGCCGCGUUUACUAUACGAACACUCUGUCGUGUAUUCCCGCGCUCAUCAUCAUGGUGGUGCACGGAGAGCUGACGCCGUCAGUGUUCGUGACGCUCUUCACGACGCCGCGGGCGCUCCUCGCCGCGUUCGUGACCGGGCUGCUCGGCCUCGCGAUGUCGAUCCUGAGCUGGGCGCUGCGGAGCGCCGUCUCCGCGCUCUCGUUCACCGUGAUCGGGGUCAUGAAUAAGGUUCUUUCGGUGAUGAUCAACGGCGUCAUCUGGGACAAGCACGGGUCGACGAUGGGCAUGCUGCUCACCGUUGGAGGCAUCCUCGCCGGCGCGCUGUACGAGCAGCCCGCGCCGCGGGAACGCGGGCAGCGCCUGCCUAUUAAUAAGAACCUUGCGCUGGUACUUAUGGUUGGCAUGAUUGCCACCAUCGUGUUCGCUAUUUCGCGCCUCGGCGCGCUGCUGGAGCACCCGACGCCGUUCACGCACCCGUGA